GAGUCUGCUGGGGCUCCUCGGUCUGUUCCUCCAGCCUGCCUCCGCCAGAUCCCCGGGAGCCACGCUGCUCUCUGGCUCCCUGGCUUGUGGCUGUGGGUCCUGCCAGGCCCGCCCUCCGCACAUCUCUCCGGGACCCCCGUGGCCCCCGCUUUCUGCCCGCCAAGCCGGGGCCACAGACCCGCCCCCCAGUCGCCUCGCACUCGUCUAUUGCAGCCCCUGGGCCACCAAAUCCUAGGACAAGAUGCCGUCGGGCUUCCAACAGAUCGGCUCCGAGGAUGGAGAACCCCCCCAGCAGCGAGUGACUGGAACCCUGGUCCUCGCCGUCUUCUCUGCAGUGCUUGGCUCCCUGCAGUUUGGCUACAACAUCGGGGUCAUCAAUGCCCCACAGAAGGUGAUCGAACAGAGCUACAACGAGACAUGGCUGGGGAGGCAGGGGCCCGAGGGACCCGGCUCCAUCCCGCCAGGCACCCUCACCACCCUCUGGGCUCUCUCUGUGGCCAUCUUUUCCGUGGGUGGCAUGAUCUCCUCCUUCCUCAUUGGCAGCAUCUCUCAGUGGCUGGGAAGGAAGAAGGCCAUGCUGGUCAACAACGCCCUGGCGGUGCUGGGGGGCACCCUCAUGGGCCUGGCCAAGUUUGCCGCCUCCUACGAGAUGCUCAUUCUCGGGCGGUUCCUCAUUGGCGCCUACUCAGGGCUGACAUCGGGGCUGGUGCCCAUGUAUGUGGGGGAGAUUGCCCCCACUCACCUGCGCGGUGCCUUGGGGACGCUCAACCAACUGGCCAUCGUCAUCGGCAUUCUGAUCGCCCAGGUGUUAGGCUUGGAGUCCAUGCUGGGCACUGCUGCCCUGUGGCCGCUGCUCUUGGGCGUCACCGUGCUGCCCGCCUUCCUGCAGCUGGCCCUGCUGCCCUUCUGCCCGGAAAGCCCGCGCUACCUCUACAUCAUCCGGAACCGGGAGGCGCAUGCCAGGAAGAGUCUGAAGCGCCUGACGGGCUGGGCCGAUGUGUCCGGAGCCCUGGCUGAGCUGAAGGAGGAGAAGCGGAUGCUGGAGCGGGAGCGGCCACUGUCCCUCCUCCAGCUCCUGGGCAGCCAUGCCCACCGGCAGCCCCUGGUUAUUGCAGUUGUGCUGCAGCUGAGCCAGCAGCUGUCGGGCAUCAAUGCUGUUUUCUAUUAUUCGACCAGCAUAUUUGAGGCGGCAGGGGUGGGGCAGCCCGUCUAUGCCACCAUAGGAGCUGGCGCGGUCAACACUGUGUUCACCUUGGUCUCGGUGUUCUUGGUGGAGCGGGCCGGGCGCCGGACCCUCCACCUCCUGGGCCUGGCGGGAAUGUGUGGCUGCGCCAUCUUGAUGACUGUGGCUCUGCUUCUGCUGGAGCGGGUUCCGGCCAUGAGCUACGUCUCCAUUGUGGCCAUCUUUGGCUUCGUGGCUUUCUUCGAGAUUGGCCCUGGCCCCAUCCCCUGGUUCAUCGUGGCCGAGCUCUUCGGCCAAGGGCCCCGCCCAGCUGCCAUGGCUGUGGCCAGUUUCUCCAACUGGACGUGCAACUUCAUCAUUGGCAUGGGCUUCCAGUACGUUGCGGAGGCUAUGGGUCCCUACGUCUUCCUCCUGUUUGCGAUUCUCCUGCUUGGCUUCUUCAUCUUCACCUUCUUAAAAGUGCCCGAGACCCGAGGCCGGACGUUUGACCAGAUCUCGGCUGCCUUCCGCCGGAUACCCUCUCUUUUAGAUCAGGAGGUGAAGCCCAGCACGGAACUUGAGUACUUAGGGCCCGAUGAGAACGACUGAGGGCCCAGGCCAGGCGGAGAGCCACCCUCUCCAGCCCCACGGAGACCCCCUCCUUUCCUCUGCAGCACUUUAACCCUCUUCUUCCCCGUUACUUCCGGGGUGGAGAAAACCCCUCCAGCGUGGUAGGAUUGGGAAGCUGGAGGGAAGGAUGGUCUGAGCACCCCGUCAUUCCCCUUGUGUGACUCCCUUGGAUUAUUUAGCUGUUGUGGUUCAGCUGUGGCCAACAGGGCAGGCCACUGUCCCCUCUCCUCCCCCCACCCUCCGUGGCCCGUCCCCUUUCUGCCACCCCCACCCAGCCUCGGCUCCAGAGUGCUUUCAUCCCCUGCCAGAGAAGGGGCAUUGGAAGGCGGGGAGGGUCCAGGACGGACCCUCUCAGUGAAGCAGAGGGCAUGAAAGGAGACAGGAAAUCAAAUUUCCUGCCACCUUGGACUCCUCCCAGCUUCCGGCACUUUCUCUGAAGGGGGGGUCUCCGUCUCGACCCCUCCAGGGCAGAGGACGCGCCCUCCCGGGUCCAACUUCCUCUGGCUUGCUGGGGGCCCUCCAGGGUGAGAGGGAACACACGAGGGUGUCAGGUGCGGAGAGGAAGGGACGGCAGGCUCCUGCCCCUGCCUCGGGACUCUGGGCCCCACGUGGGCUGCCGAGCCGGGGCGCCAGCUCUCGCCUCCCCUCCCACCCCGGAAGGAGGCUGGAGCCACAGGCCUUUGACCAACCAAGGGGCAGAGGGGAUGUUGAAAAGCUGCCUAACAAACACUAAGCUGGGAGGAGCCUUAGGAUAUUUUUGUAUAUGUUUGAGAAAAGGAGUAGAGAGAAGAAACCAAAGAUCUGUUAUAUUAUUACAUGUGUAUGUGUGUGUGUGUGUGUAUGUGUAUAUAUAUAUGUAUAUAUAUAAAGUCACUAUGUGAA